AUGUGUACCGCUGGUCAGACUCCGCAACAAAAGCGGAAGGAGAUCUACCGCUGUGAGUCCGAAUGGAACCUGUACGCGAUGAAUUGGAGCCAGCGGCCGGACAAGAAGUUCCGUCUCGCUCUCGGCAGCUUCAUCGAAGAGUACAGCAACAAAAUCCAAGUGGUGCAGUUGGACGAGGACGCAGCCGAAUUCUCGACUUUGGUUCAGUUCGAUCAUCCGUAUCCUGCGACGAAGAUCAUGUGGAUUCCUGACAUGAAAGGCCAUUACACGGAUCUUCUUGCAACUAGUGCCGAUUAUCUGCGUCUCUUUCGAAUUAACGGUGAUACGAGCACCUUGGAGUACUUCUGUGCCCCUCUCACCUCAUUCGAUUGGAACGAAACUGAUGUCGGCAUCAUCGGAACCGCCAGCAUCGAUACCACUUGCACUAUAUGGGGCAUAGAGGUGACGGGUCAAGUGAUGGGCCAGGUGAGCAGUCGAGCGAAUGGUCACGUGAAAACACAGCUGAUCGCGCACGACAAGGAAGUGUACGACAUUGCUUUCAGUAAAUCUGCCAACCAUCGUGAUGUGUUCGCGAGCGUCGGAGCCGACGGUAGUGUCCGUAUGUUUGACCUCAGACAUUUGGAACAUUCGACGAUAAUCUACGAAGAUGCUACGCAAACGCCCCUCCUGCGACUAGCCUGGAACAAGCAGGACCCGAACUACCUUGCUACCAUCGCCAUGGAUUCGACAGAGGUGGUUAUCCUCGACAUGAGAAUUCCAUGCACUCCCGUUGCUCGUUUGAACAAUCACAGAGCAUAUGUUAACGGCAUCGCGUGGGCUCCACAUUCGUCAUGUCACAUCUGUACUGCAGGUAACGUACAUGCUACGCAUUUGAAUAUUUGGCAAGGCAAAAUGCAGGUUAAUGACAGGAUCUUUGUAUUUAUUCCUGUUUUCACAACUUUUUACGUUCUUUGUUUCUUGCUUUUUUAUAUUCCAACGCUGGAAUAUGCUAGAUGA